AGCUCGUCUCCGAGUCCAACUAUAAUAUUCGCUGGUCACUACCUAAUCUCGACUGGGAUUGUUCCAUCCAUGGGCAUGACUGGAUACACAUCUUUCAAGGAGAAACCUUCAGUUAUAUAUUGACGAUACUACUAGGCAACCCAGGCUUUAGGCUCGGAUCUGGUCCGUCUCUGCUUCCUGGCCUAUAGGGUCAUUCUGCAGAUGGUCGGCGUAGCCGUCAUUUUGGCUGCUCUCCACCUGUAUCCAUCAUCUUCACCGUCUAAAUCAUCCAAGGAUCCAGAGAAAGGUAUUACAAUAAAUGAGGAAAAUAUUCCUCCAACAGAUCAUGAAGAGGAAGAAGAGCGGGAGGGGGCCGAUGCCGAAACUUAUGGUGAAAGUGCCGUAGGAAACGAGGAGGAUGCACCUCCAUCUUCAGUACAAUUGCCAGGGUCUGAAGGGAAAGAAGUGUCGCAGACGGACACGGGACCAUCGCUCACGUCCAGGAUUAAGUCACUCCUGUUCCCCAAGGAGGACCCAGAGGCGCUGGAGCAGUUCGUACCAAACUAUCGUUUGACACCCAUUCUAUCUGGUAUCGUGAUACCAUUCUCCAUCCUUCUGGAAAUUCCAGGGUUGACUGAGCGAUGGUAUAUUCGAACGGAAGGCAACGAGACAGUCGAAACAAAGAGCAAUUCGGCAAUCUUGGACGUUGCUCUUGCCAUUUCGCUUGUAUGUGCGGUCGUGGCGAACGUAUGUCUCAUCAUGCGUUUCUUGGAGAAGAAAGUGAAGAUAUCCACAUUACUGACGAUCAUCUUCCUCACAUUGCAUGAUGUAAUCAACAUCCACGUCGUAGUAAUCUUUGGCGUUGAACAUCGUUUUGAUGAUGGCUUUACUUACGGCGAAUCUUUUUGGAUAACCAUUUGCUCUACCGUCGUGUCCUCGCUUACGAAUAUUUCUCUGAUUGUGGACUAUGUCAAGACACCAGAUUUCGCCAAGAGCGGUAGCGGCUUAACUCGCAAACAGCGGUCGUUGGUGAUCAUCGUAAUGAUUCUUCUGGUCUAUAUCGCUCUCGGUGCACUAUGCACUUCGCUCAUCCAGGAUCUUACUUUCAUCAACGGACUCUAUUUCACCGUGGUCACGAUAGAAACAAUCGGUUUUGGAGAUAUCACUCCAAACACCACCGGCGCACGGAUCUUUGUCUGCCAUUACCUGGUCUUUGGUAUCUUGAUUAUCGGCAUCACAAUCGGCAUGUGUCGAGAGACCAUUCUUGAAAGCCUCGAAGUGGGAUACCGCAAACGAAUGCGUCGGAUGCGUACGCACCGUCGUGAAGCCCGGAGAUUCAGACGAUGGGAAGCACGGUGGACAAGAGCCGUAGAAUGGAGACUGAAGGAAAAGGGAUUACCUGUUUGGAUUCCGGACCAACACAGCGACCAUGAACACGUUCGGUUCGUCGGUCUCGAGGGUCUUCAAGACGAAACAAAGGAAACUCACUGGAUGAGAAAGUGGCUGGGCUCCAUCGGUUCGCUGAAAAGGCGACAGGAGCACACAGGACACGUACGAGCCCAUCAUAGAGGAAAGCAUCUGAACAUAAACGCCUUGUCUCCUCAACAACUCGAAGCUGCUGCGCUCGAGGCCGGCGUCCCUUUAGAGAUGUUUCUCGCUCCAGUGGAAGGGCGUCCUGCGGUGGGAUCUCAUACCAGCAACAGCGAUGGUAGUCAUCGGAGAUCUGGUUCACAUUUUGGCAUUGGUCAUGGUCUAUAUCGAACAGCGUCUUCCAGUGGUUGGCCCGCUCAUCCUCAGACCCCCACGCACGCUCAGAUCGGCCGAAUGGCUGCGAUGGUCACAAAAUUUGCUCUGGCCGUUUCUGGUACGCAUGUCAGGAUGGUCGGGCAUGCUUCCGGCGAGGUUUCAGACUCGCUUGAACGUCGACUCCCUGAAGUCGAUUCGAAAGAAGAGUCUGGAGUGAAUACCGAAGCGUCGCGGAAAAACGACGGAUGGGACGCGGAGCCCAAUGGUAGUACAAACAGCGGUAUUGAGGAUAUCAGGGACACCGAAGGGCAAGCUACUGGGCGCAGCGAUGCUCAGGCGAGCCAGCAUUCCGAUGUUGGCUCUCGUGAACAUUUGGAGCAUCUUCAAAAGCAUUUCGAGGAACCAAAGUUGUCCAGACAACUUGCUAUGGGAACCGUGCAGAAGUCAGAAUUCUCGUAUGAAGCAUACAAAGACCAAAUGGAGACGGAGGAACGGAGGGCUUACUAUGUGAAGCUCAUCUUUGCUUGGUCUCUAUUCCUUCUCUUUUGGAUGGUGGGCUCUGCUAUCUUCAGUGCUACCGAAAGCUGGGCCUUUGGGACUGCGAUGUACUUUUGUUUUACGGCUUUCACCACGUGCGGCUACGGUGACUUUGCACCUUCAACACCUGCCGGACGUUCACUUUUUGUUGUGUGGGCUUUGUUGGGAGUUGGCACCAUGACCAUUCUAAUCUCUGUCUUGCAAGAGGCCGGUUCGUCCAAGUACCAGAGUGUCCUUCAUUCUACGAUGUUCGACAAUGGCGUGAGGAAAUAUCGACAACGUGAGAGUGAAGAAACUGCUCGAAUAGCAUCCAAUCGACAUUGCACCUCCGCAAAUGAUGAAGAGUCCUCCCGCCCGAACGGUUCAUCUUACGAGGAAGCACUUCCCGACGCCGCCAAUGCUGCUAAGGAGAAAGCGCAGAAGGAACUCGAGCAACUCCCUAGAGAGAUCAUACGUCACGCGCAAAACUUCCACGAACACAUGCAUUACUUUGCUUCCCGUGGUCAGGACGAUGAUGUCGACGACCAGACAGAGGCUUCUGCAGACAAAAGUAAGAAAUCUUCAAUUCCGGAGGAGUUGAAGGCGCUUCUGGACCAAAUUGCUGAAUUGGAGGGUAUCAAUGCCCGGGCGAAGAGGGAGAUUUUACAGGAUAAGGAUGCUCGAAAGACGCUCUUCUUGCUCAGUGUCGGACGUAAGUCCAGAUGUUUGCUCCUUUCUAUGCCCUUAUUCAAAUUUUUGUAGGCACACUACGAGGAAUGAUCAACGCUGCAGAAAGGUCACUUGCUGCUCUGGCUGAGCGUGACGACCUAAUGGCCGUGCAGGAGAAUCACCACGCAGAUCAGAUACAUACGGAAGACGCACACUCCUCCUGUAACGCUCACCAUGACGACAAACCUGGAACGUCCCAAAAUUACGACUCUACAUCUUGAAGAACGUUCACGUAUCCUAUCUCAGUCUAAUUACUUUGCAUUUUCUGUCACUUUUUAUACCCUUUAUACUCCCUAGCCUCAUCUUGGACAAGCAUAAACACGUACCAUCCUCUGUAGCCGUAGCGAUAUUCGCCUGUAGUUCUGUAGCAUUAUCAUACUCGCUUUGAUACACUGUCGAUGAGAUGUCUAGUUUUACACCGAUAUCUUCUAUUGAACACUGAACAUCAAAUAUUGAGUAUCCG